ACGAAACGGCAAGAACCGAUCCCGAACCAGUUGGCGGAUGUUUGUCGGUUUAGCUGGACGUUUCUGUAAGCACGGUGUACCGGUGUGUCGUGUGAUAGUUCACUAAGGGGAGGGUAAAGGUGAAAAUUCCAUACUUGAAGCUAAGACGGUCCCUGGAGGACGACAAGAAGAAAGAAAAAAAAACAAACCGUUGCGAUCAGCGUGUUAGUUAUCGCUAGAUCGCCCCAAAAUACUGAUCCUGAUCCUCGUGUCCGCAUGCGAGAGCUGAAGUGAGCCCCACAGUGCAGGCGGAAGGAAUUUCGGUCUGCGGUGGAUUUUCGCCAAUUUCGUUGCGUGUUGCGGCAGUGAGUGGUCGCUAAAGAAUUUCGCUACGCCACGCUGCCUUCCCAUUUCCCAAAAGGGCGGACAUCAGAGGGAGCCGGUUCGGUGCGGGACGGUGUUGAGCGUGGUAUAAUUAAUCGUAGCAUUUGAAAUACUUGUGCGCUUUUGCUUCGUGAAUUCUAGUGCUUUCGUGUCGCGCCGUGGGUUGCCACGUCGGUCGUGUGUGUGCGUGUGUGUAGGCGUGUUAAGUGACUUUAACCGAAACCGAAACCGGGUGCCGGGUGCGUGCGGCUUCAACUUCAACACAAAACGGCAGACAAAAUGUCGGACCUGGACGAUAUGAGCAACUUCGAUGCGUGGUUGGAGAAGGACUUUCUCAGCAAAAUCAACCGCCUCGAGACGGAGCUCGAGGAUCUGAAGGAUAAGAAAAACAAUCUUGACAAGGAUCUGAAGAAAAAGACGAUCGAGUGUGAUAUCCUGCGGGCGAAGGUCGGGAAGCUCGAGCAGGUGCCCUCGAACAAUGCGGCCUCUAACGAAAAGAUCGAAAUCCUGGAGAAGGAGCUGAAGCGCAAGACGAUGGAGCUGGACAUACUGCGCUCGAAGCUGUCGCAGGCCGAAACGAACCCACAGGCCUCGCUCGACCUGACCGAGCGUGUGAAGCAGCUCGAGAAGGAGCUGAAGAAGCGCAUCAUCGAGAACGGUAUACUGCGGGGCAAGCUGACGGAGGUCGAGAGUGAGCCGCAGACACCGGAAGCGCAGGAGAAGCUCGACGAGCUGGUGCGCGGCCUGCAGCGCACCGAGAGUGUGGUGCUGCGCGAAAAGGUGAAGGAGCUGGAGGGUGACUCGGAAGCGUCCGAGCGCAACGGUGAGCUGGAGCGCGAGCUGAAGAAGAAGAACAUUGAGAGCGAUAUACUGCGCUCGAAGCUGAAGCAGUUCGAAAACACGCCCUCGAACGCACAGGAAGCCAACGAGCGGAUGCGCGAUCUGGAGAAGCAGGUCAAGAAGUACCAGAUCGAGGCGGACAUUCUGCGGGCGAAGGUGAGCCAGCUGGAGAGCGAUGCGGCGACGCGCGAGGACGAAGAAUCGACCGAGCGGAUCGAGGAGCUGGAGAAGGGGCUGAAGAAAAGCACCACCGAGGGCAAUAUGCUGCGGGCGAAGAUGCAGAUGUUUGAGAAGGAGUCGACCGCCACGCAGGACUCGAACAGCGAGCAGAUCGAGGAGCUGCGCAAGGGGCUGAAGAAGAGCACGACCGAGAGCCAAAUACUGCGCUCGAAGCUGACCGAGAUGGAGAGCAAACAGGUGCACAGCGGGGCGAGCAGCUACAAGAUCGAAACGCUCGAGCAGGAGCUCAAGAAGAAAAACAUCGAGAACGACAUCCUGCGGUCGAAGGUGGAGCAGCUGGAGCGCGUACCGCUGGCGGACAGCCCGGCCAACGAGAAGAUCGAGGAGCUGCAGAAGGAGAUCCGCAAUCUGAAGAUCCAGAACGACAUUCUCAAAUCGAAGCUGAACCAGGCGGAGGACGAACCGACCACCACGCAGGAAUCGACCGAUCGCAUCAGCGAGCUGGAGAACGAGCUGAAGAAGCGCGUGAUCGAGAGCGACAUCCUGCGGGCGAAGGUGACCCAGCUGGAGUGCGAGCUGUCGCCGACCAAGAACUCGAACGAGCGGAUAGAGGAUCUGGAGAGCGAGCUGAAGAAGAAGACGCUCGAGAACGACAUCCUCAAGUCGAAGGUGAGCCAGCUGGAGGGCGAAGUGAUUGCGCACUCCGGUGGCAGCAAGGCGGACCCGAACGAGAUCAAGAAGCUGAAGGAAAAGCACGAGGAGGUGAUGAACAAGGCGAAGGAGCUGCUGUUCGAGCGCACCAAGACGGUCAAGACGCAGGACAUGCAGAUCCGGGCGCUGCAGAAUCAGAUCGAAAACAUCAAGGAGGUGGUAGCGGUCACCAAGGACAUGCUGAACAUCCGCAACAUGGAGCACGAGCAGCUGCAGACGCGGUUCGAGAACAUUGACUGCAAGAUGAAGGCGGAGCGGGAGCGACAGACGCUGCUCGAGAAGAAGCUGAGCGUCUCGCAAAAGAUGUACAAUGAUCUGCGGGAAGAGUACACGACACAGCUCGAGCUCUUCAAGGAUUCUUCUUCAUCAAAUUCCAGGAAAUCCAGAAAAAUUACGCCGAAAAGAUCGAACUCAUCAAGGAGGAAAUCGAAUCCGUCCGGAAUGGUGCCAAAAAUUGAUACAUCUUCCUCCUCCUACCGGCAGGACCAGCAGCUGCCGACCGUAACCGUGGAAGAUCACUUGCGGAGCGAGCUGGAAGGGCGAUCGUGUUGCUGCACUGUGCAAUAGCAACAGCAACAACAAGCUUCCUUCCCCUACCAUUUUUCUUCCCUUUCUGUGCCGGGUUUGCGACAAUGCCACUUGUAUUAUCGCACAACCGUUAUUGUUGCCAACAUGCCCACAUGAUCAACCGCCCAACCGAGCGUUUGUGUAGCUCCACUUUUCCUCCCUUAUUUUAUUCCUGUUCCCUCACCCGGUCUCCCCCAAAACAAACUGUAUUUACUGCAGAGUUGUACUUUGCUAGGUACUUCAAGGUUAAUAGGCCAAAAAAUAAGUUAACUUACUAUAUAAACGAAUGAAAAAUAAAUAAAAUAACUUUUACCCUC